AUGUCUUCUCAAUAUCAGCAGAGAUACAGCCAAGACGCGUCAUCGCUUUCCGGGCCAGUGCGACAGCGGUCAAAACAAGCCUGUCUCCCGUGCCGGCGCCGCAAGAGGAAAUGCGAUGGAAAUUUGCCCUGCAGUAUCUGUCAAGGGUACGGGUACGAAUGUGAAUUUGGCAAUGGACCUCAACCAACGAAUCUAAAACGACCUGUGCCUUCGGGAGGGUCACCUCAGCCUAGGAAAGCGACCCGCUUGGCUGAUCCCCAAGAGCCUCCAAAGCAACUCACGGAGUCCUCCAUAUUCCCUGGAAUUCUUGAGCCGUCAAAAGCUCGAUAUGUUGGAAGGUACUCAUCCAUCGCUUUCCCACUUUACGUCGGCUUGGAGGUUCAGGCGACCACGAUCCCGCGUCUGCACUCGUUUGCAUACCACACGGGUAUUCGCAAAGAGCCGCCCUGUGCAGUGACUUGUGAGGCUGCUCAAAAGAUUUCAUGGAAUACGAUGAGAAGUCUUCUAGAAGUCUAUACAGCUACAGUGCAUCCUGUGUUUGGCUUCUUGGAUCUGGAUCAAGUCUUCAUGCUGUGUGAGAGACACUGGCAUGGACAGCCCCAAGAUAUGGCCUUUGAGGCUAUGAUUAGUGGAGUCGUUGCAACGGCAUCGCUAUUCAGUGGAACCCUAGAUCAGGAUACUGAAAUGUGGUUCAUCUUACAUCAGAAAGAGAUCCUGGAAGAUUGUGUGAUUAGUCGCUUCCCUUCUUUGGAACAGAUUGCAGCAUGGAUUAUGCGAACUAUUUACAUGCGGUGUACUUCAAGGCCACAUGUGACCUGGCUGUCCAGUUGCACGGCCAUGCAUUUGGUUGAGGCAGCUGGCUUGCAUCAUGCAUCUGAAUUCGUGAUGCAGACAACUGGCAAUGCGACUCCGAGUACAGAGAUGUUCAACAUAAUUAAUCGGACGGCACAAGUUGCGACCUGCCUUCAUACUCUGAUUUCUUUCGAAUAUGGAAGAUCUAUCAUCACCUUGAACAGCCAUAGUCUCGAUAAUUUGCAACCCGCAGGCGGAGAGAAGGAUCUGACUUUUCAACUGUGUAGCCUGGUAGCUGCUGUUCCUACAAUUCGGACAGGGAAUCCUUUGUCAUUGAUGGAAGAGCUUUUCUCAUCUCUAGACAAGAUUACCGAUGUCGCCAUCGACCAUGACUUCCUUCUUUUACUACGCGCAGACCUUGCCUUGGGUAUAUACCGUCGGCUUCGUGUCAUGGAUUCCAAAUUUCAACAAGGACAUAACGAUCGCGUGAUUGCUGCAGGCACAGCAGCUCUGCCGGCAGCACGGAGGUUAGCUAGCCAAAACCAGCCUUGGUGGAAUGUCAUCGGCACUGCAUUUCAGUUUGCCUGCGCUCUCCUGGUUAUGGACACCCCGACAAGCUGUGAAACCCUCGUGGAAACAAUGGACACCUUGGAAAUGAUCGUUGAUCACCUGGACACACAUCUUGCCAAAGAAGCUCUCUCAACGGCGCGUCAGCUUGUCCGGGCUUCUUUGGAUAAGAAGAAGAGAGGUGUUGAAGCCCUCGAGCGCAUAGCUCGAGAUGCCUCACCCGACCCAGCCGUUGGCGGAACAAACGACCACCUUCAACAGGAUAUUGCCGCAAUGAGCCCAUCACUCGUAGCACAGUUACCACUUGAUCUGGAUUCUCUAUGGGCCAUGGAAUUCCAGCUUCCAUUAUGA